AUGAGUCAGAUGUAUGAUGGAAGAGGGAUGGACUCAGCACCCGCAUCUGGAUCUGUAAGGAGAGCACGCGAGAUGGCCCAAGGUGGAUAUCCGCGACAGCAGCCUCUAUACCCAGACAACAUGAACGACAGCCCGCCUGGCGAACUGAGGGCUCCUCCUCGUCGACCCAUGGGAGGACACCCCUCCGCGCAGUCGAGGCUUCCGAAACCCAAGGCUGCGCCUGCCAUUGAUUAUAGAAGUGGAAAUUCUGGUGUUGCCAUAUCUCGACCACAGCAAGUUCCACAAUGGCCUCUACCGGGCCCUCCGAUGGCCGCUAUGAAUUCGCCCGACCCCGAACCAUAUCGACCACCACCCGGUCGACCGACUCAGGCCCCUCAACGACCACCCAGACCCAGCCAAGUUCCUUCUUUGCUGGAUCAGUCUCGACUCCAAGAACCGACCCCGGUGUUUCUCACACCGGAGUCUGACGACUAUCACUCUUCUGUUCCGCCUUCCCCAUCCUCCCGAAUGACCACCUCUAGUCUUGGAUCGCUCCCUGACUUCCCUGAGCCCAAUCAAUCGACGGCUACGGAUUCUAAUAGAAGAAGUGUCAAUCUGGGGCCCCCAAGAGCGAGCGCUAAUCUAGGACCUCCCCCGUCAUCUCGCAGGGGCGCAUCAUCCUUCUACUCACACGCUUCUUUUGUCUCGCCGAUUCCCGAAGAGAGUCUCAAUUCGAGAUCGCACGGCUCUUACGCCUCAAGUGCGGCUAUGCCUGAAAGUUGGCCAGCAGGUUCUCGGGCUGUCAGUCCCUCGUAUUACGACGAGACAGACAACAAGAGUCAGGAUUCCGCGUAUGAUGAGUUCCAUGAUGAGAGCAAACUGGUCCGCAGUGCAAGCAUCGGCAAGAGAGGAAAGCCCUCAAUUGUUACUACCAAAUCAUUCAUUAUGGAGCCCAAUCACCGACCUGCACCAUCACCGGUUCAGCCUUUCGACUCGGGAACCGGCUAUAUUGAUGCUUCAACAAGCUCUUCUAACACCCUUCCUCUGGCGAAGACGUCGGCACCUUCGCAAAACCCUCAUGACAGCCUUAGCCCCGACGCUAUCUUGGGUGCAUAUGCUGCUGCCAGCGCCACCAACUUGUCAGAAGUACCAGUGCCGGCGCCAACGCCUUCACCUCAGCCUUAUAGUCGACUUUCGGCUAUUCGACGACCCCCAAAGCUGGACAUUGAAGCAGUGAGAAGGGCAGAGGAGAGGGGCAGUAUCACCAGCUUGCCUGAUCUGAUUCGACGUGCAACUCGCCUUGCGACCAUGAUUGAUUCUGGCAAGAGACCAGCGAGCCGAUUCGACAACUUGAAUGAUUUCUUUGACGACAAGGGGCAGACUCGAGGGGGUGACAAAGAAAACUCAGGACUAUCGGAUAUGCUGGCAGCAUUCCCUCCUCCCGCACAACAACCAGAGCGACAGAACCGUGGAUCCUGGUUUCGGACGACAUCUUGGCCCCUGGCCCCCACCCGCCAGGGUGAUGCUCCUUCACGAUCUGGCCUUCGCGAGAUGACGCCUUCGGAUGAAGGCCGGGGCAAGCGACGUCGGCGCUGCUGCGGUCUGCCUGUGUGGGCGUUUGUCCUCUUACUACUGCUACUUGUUGGUAUAAUUCUGGCCGCUGUCCUUGUACCAUUGGAAUUUUUCGUCUUUAAGAACUUGGGCAAUGAUGAAAAGCCAAAGUCUGCCCUUGCUCAAUGCCAAGAAUCAUUAAAGUGCCAGAACGGUGGAACAAACAUCAUGUCGCAGGGUACAUGCUCAUGCAUUUGCACAAAUGGUUUUACAGGCUCCGACUGUAGCGCAGGUGGCUCCGAUGGUUGCACGACUACAGACUUAGGCAACGAUCUGAACAACGUGACGCUUGGUAAAAGUAUUCCACGCCUUAUCGAGAACAGCCAGAAAAACUUUUCUGUCCCUCUAUCUGGCACUGCCAUCAUGGCGAAGAUCAAUGCUGCAGAGCUGUCCUGUAUUGCACAGAACUCCCUGGUUACUUUUGAUGGCGCUGCAGCACGCAAAAGGACUUUGCUCGACAGCCUGGCUCUCCAGUUCAAGCGAGAGGCCGCUGCACCGACUCUCAUUGCCCGUGCACCUGAAACUGCCCCUGCCGUCGUCGUAUCGUCCGAAACCGCCGCGCCAACUACACUGGUGGUUGACGAGGGAAGCCCCGAAAACGCGCCAACCUCAACAAGCGAAGGUGGCAAUGCUGCACAAACCUCAGCGGCAGCAGACCCAUCGCAGACACAGGACCCGAUGACCAAGUUCAAGAUCACAAACGAGGUCCUCGACUUUGCGCGUAUUGCCGUCCUCUAUGUGUUACAGGAGGAGGACGUGGAGAGUGCUGAGGACGCUCAAUCUAGCCUUGCACAAUUCUUUGCCAAGGCUCGUAAAGAAGCAGGCGUUUUGGUAAAAGAGGCAGCUAAUGUCAGUAUUGGCGACAAGGAAUCGGUUGACUUGUUGAGGUACAAGAUCAGUAUCGGAUCCAAGACAAUAGGAGGAAACGUGAAGCGCCAUGUGUUAUCUCCAAUGGCUGCUCUCACCCACCCGUCUCUUCGGCAUAGAGCAGUCCAUGGGCCAAGGUGA